AUGGACCCCCCAGGGAAGUCCCCCCCCCUGGAGGGGGAACACUCCUCAGAGGAAGAAAAUAAAAUUCUACCAAUGGACAAAAAUGAAUACAAAAUUGUAAGUAAAAGCAGGAAGAAGGAGAAGAAGAAAAAAAAAAAAAACCAAAGCGAUGACGAACAUGCCAUCCAAAAGUAUGAAGAAGAAAAAAUCGCUAUAUUUGAGAACAACGAAAUUGUUGAAUAUGACGCGAGGAAUUUCAGGACAGGAAACAACAAUCACAUUGUGUUGUUGGAAGAGGAUUACAUAAAUGUGUUGGAAUCUUUAAUUGAAAAAAAGUUUUUUCCUGAUUUACACAAAUAUAAGGAUGAAAUUAUUUCCGAUCGGAUUCAAAAGGAUGCCAAUGAUUUUACUCCAAGUGGUGACCCAAAGAGGGGUUAUUACUCCGGGCAGGAGGAAUACAAUCAUGAUGAGAUGUUAUACCCAACUGAUCAUUUGAGUGAGAGGAAUGUAGACCCCUCCGAAGCGGGGUGGAAUGAUCAGACACUGUGUUUGCAAGAAAAAAACUACAAGUUAGUAACCUUGGCGAACGGAAAAAAACACAAAAUUAACCUGAACAUGAAUUUGAGAGAAUUCCAAAAGAAGUACACCUCGGAGGAUAACAAAUCGUUUGAAUACCUCCUAAAAAGCAUGAAGAAUAAAAAUGUGGAUAAGAACAUGUAUUCGCUAAUGAAGAGGAAGGAACACAACAAAAAAGUGGACUACAUCGAAGAGUGCACAAGGAAAGGAAUAAAUUGCUACCAAGUGAAUACCAACAAGUCGGAAAAUGAAUUAAGCAGCAUGAUGUUUUCGUCCAGUUUAAAAGUUAGCUUAAUGGAUAAUGCUGCUGAGGGUAGGGUACAGAUAUGUCACGACAAUACAAGAUUUUCAGAGGAAUAUAAUGAGGACAUGAAGAGACAAAUUAAACAGUGUGCUCAAAAUAGGCAAUUAAAAAUGAUGGAAAAAAUUAAAGAAGAGAAGGAAGAGCAGAUGAUCCAACAGGGCAAAUUCAACCUACUCCCAAGGAAUAACAGUUAUGAGUAUAUGCGUACUCCACUUAUACUGGCAGGGAAGGGUGUUGAUAAGAGUCCUAUCAUAACGUGGGGGGUCAUCGCAAGCAGCCCUAAAUUGGUGGAAAGUGAGGAUGACUACAAUAUGGACAGCAGCAGCGGUGACGACUCAGACAAUAUGCGCAAUAACACUAGAGGAAGAAGAACCACCGGACAGGAAAAUGACGAGACCGAUUUCAAUCCCAUUCAAGAAUUUAAUCUGCAACAAAUUAAUGAACGUGAAAAAAUUGCGGAAAAACUGCAGAAUAACAUGAAAGACAUCAAAUACAGCAAGGAAGCGUUGAAGAGAAAAAACCUCAGAUUGCUGAUACAUCGAAAUUGUAGCUCCCGCAUGUCCACCACGUCAUAUAAAAAUUCAGUUCUGUCCAGGUACAGCCAGAAGCGACUCAGCGAGUUGGCCAUGAAAUCGUCCCUCGCGUCGCAAAUUUUGAAAAAGAAGAGGUGA